AUGGGGCCGCGCGAGCUAACGCGGAUGCUCCCGCUGAUGCUGCUACCGGCGCUGUUGCUGCCAUGCGGAGCUCGAGAGGCCGCGCCCACGCCGCUAAGCGUCGCGCAGACCACACUCCCGCCGCCUGCCGUGACGAACGGAAGCCGGCCAGGCGCGAGGCACAACAGCACGCACCCGCCGGGCUCGGCCUUGCUGCGCUCCUUCUACGUGCUCACAGGCCUCUGUGGCUUGACGGCGCUCUACUUCCUCAUCCGGGCCCUCAGGGUGAAGAAACCUCAGAGGCGGAGGUACAGCCUCCUGGCCAACACCGAGGAUUCCACAGAGAUGGCCGCACUGGAGAGUGAGGAGGAGACUGUCUAUGAGACCAGGAAUCUGAGAUGCUGCCACUUCCAGGAAAUCCUCCCUGAUGAGUCUUGCAAAGGACCCAUCCCCCAGGCAAGCUCCCAGCCUCUCUCCAGCUUCAAAAGGCACAUUAAUUACUCUAAUGAGGUCAGGAGAGACUCCGCACACACCAUCCGGCUCCGGGAACACACCACCAUCCCAGCCUGUGCCCGCCCCACCGCCUGUCAGCACCCGGCCUGCGGCCCCCAGCGUUAG